GAUACAUUGCUCUCGAUCACUCUUUACGUCCCAUUCGCAUCAUUUCCGCCAUGUCAGACCUCAAGGCAUAUCUUGCCGCAAAGUACAUGUCCGGGCCCAAGGCGGACGCUAUUCUUGCCCGUUCAUCAGAUCCCACACUGAAGAAGAAGCGGAAAAAGCAACAGACAAAUGAAGAUUAUAUUGGUGGAUCAGUCAAAGCUGAAGCCUCCGGUGGUUUAAUGUUGAGAGACGAAGAUGAAGUUUGGGGCAGGAGUAAAAACGAGGAUGAAGAAGAUGAUGCUCCUGUGAUCGGGAAAGAUCUGGCAACUUUCAAGGGAUCUAAAUCCUCUUGGGCGACCGUUGCCAAUAAAUCUGCUCUCCCUUUACCGCAAGCUGAGCCAACAUCCCCGCAAGAUAUCAAACCCGAUAUCAAGGAGGAGCCAGAUAUUGACGGGCCUGCAGCCUCAGCUCCAGUACAAAUGACGAAGCGCCGUGGUGGUUUGCGUACAGCAGCCCAAUUGAAAGAAGAUACGGAAAGGGAGCUGGCGGAGCAGCGCUCACCGUCUCCUGCUGAAGGUGAAGAAAGACCAGAUCCCACAGAAACCGUUCAUCGUGAUGCCACUGGUAAAAUCAUUGAUGUUAAGAAGCGUCAGGAGGAGGAGAGAAUAAGGGAGGAGGAAGAACGGCGAAAAGAAGCGGAGAGGAAAGAAUGGACAAAAGGUAUGGUACAGCGGAGGGACCGAGAGGAAAGAAGGCGAUUGGAAAAGAAGAUGGCCGAGGCAGAUGUGGGUCGAAGUAAGGAUGACGUGAGAAUGAAUAAGGAAAUGAAGGAAGAAGAAAGAUGGAAUGAUCCAGCCGCAGCCUUCUUGACGAAAAAGAAGAAGAAAGGGCCGAGACGCCCAAAAUACGAAGGCCCCUGGGCACCCAACCGGUUUGGUAUUGCCCCUGGGUUUAGAUGGGACGGUGUAGAUCGUUCCAAUGGUUUCGAAAAGAAGUACUUCCAGGCACAAAACACGAGAGCACGACGAGAAUACGAGCAUAAUCAAUGGAGUGUUGAAGACAUGUAGAGAGCAUCGUUUAGCAUGGCAGUAAUAUUUUUAUAACAAUUCACAUAUGUGUGGAUGUCCCUACCAUUUCAUUUCCAUGAUCCUUGUUGACCGAUCAGCGUUUGAUGGGAUGUACAGCACCAUUGAAGGGGAAGCAGUAGA